AUUUAUUAUUCUCGAAGCUUGAACUAUAUAUUUAUUCAUUAAAACAUCAUACACACACUGAGCGAGUUAUGCGCUCGAGUACUCUUCUUGCUUUGCUCACUUUUGCUUGCUAUUAAUAAUAGAUGGAAAUACUCCAUAUAUACUCAAUACAAAAACAGGAAAAUAUGGUGACAUUCAAGAACUAUUUACGAGUAGUAAAACAAAAAAACUGGGAAGAAAGAUUAUAUUCAAUUAUUUUAGCGAUGUUUAUGCUCAUAUUUUAUUGUCUGAAGUCAUAUACUCGAUUUUCACACGAAUCGGAUAUUAAACACACGGGACGUGUCUUAUUAUCAAGUAUCAAUAAUACAAAAAAUGAAAAAUCGUUUUUUGAAGAGCUUUUUAUUUUUGAGGAACGCACUUUUACCAUAUUAUGUACUUCCGUUGUUGCUUUAUACUUAUUUUUGUUUUUGGGAGUAGUAUGCAAUCGUUAUUUGGUACCAUGCAUUCAUAUAAUUUCUCACAGGAUGAAAUUGAGUCAAGAUGUUGCUGGAGCGUCUGUAAUGGCUGCAGCAGUGGCAUGUCCUGAACUAUUCGUCAAUAUACUAGCUACAUUCUUUACAGAGGGUGAUGUCGGAAUUGGCACUGUAGUCGGCACUGGCUUAUUUAAUAUACUAUUAGUUCCUGGACUUUGUAUACUUAUGGCUGAUCAAAAGGUCAUACACCUGGAAAGCUGGCCCAUCACUCGUGAUAUAUCGAUGUAUCUUUUAACUAUAUCAUUAUUAGUUUGGUCAUUGGCUGAUAACAAGGUGUAUGCUUACGAAGCGUUGAUAUUAAUUAUAGUUUACAUGGUAUACCUAUUAAUUCUCUCUUACAGCUCAUAUCUUGAAAAAAUAUUUAAAUAUAUUUCUCAACAAGAGAACAAAGUUUUCGAAGGGUGCAGUGAAAGUCAGCCGAUUCUUCCCCUAAAUGGAGUUGCAGCAAAUGGAUUUAUAGUGCAAGAUAAUAUUAUUUUGCCCAAAUGGAAGGACAGACUUCGUGAACAACUAUUAAAUAUCAAAGAAAUACUAGUAUGGCCUAUCGUUUUAAUCUUAAAAGUGACUGUUCCAAGUUGCAAUAGUCAAGAUAGAGUUUUUUGGGUACCAAUUACCAUGUUUAUGUGUAUAUUUUGGAUUGGAUGUGGAUCGUUUAUCAUUGUAGAAUUGAUUACAAUUAUAGGAAAUGAAUUCUCAAUUCCUGAUUCAGUUAUGGGAAUUACACUAUUAGCAAUUGGUAUGAGUGUGCCCGAAAUGGUGUCUAGUAUAGCAGUUGCAAGACAAGGACAAGGUACUAUGGCUUUAUGUACCGCACUGAGUUCAUCAACAUUUGAUGUUUUAAUUUGUUUGGGUGUUCCGUGGUUUAUAAAAGCUAUGUGGUUCCAUAAAGAAAACUCAAGUGCAUCCAUAAAUAUUCACUCGAAAAGUCUCGAUGACAGUGCGAUAGCUGUAAUGUUAAGUACAAUUGGUUUUAUGCUACUUAUGUGUGCCAAAUCAUUUGUAUUAACUAAAAGGUCAGGUGGAUUUAUUGUUUUCAUAUGGUUAUUCAUUUGUUCAGCCAUGGUGUACAAUGAGUAUGCAACAAAAUGAGAACAAUUCGUGUAGCUUAAUUGCUCAAUCAUUUCGGGUGAGUUGAUGAACGAAGAUUUGUAAAUGGCUAAUGCCAUCGUUGAAAUGAUCACGGAAUAUCGAUUUAGRUUCCGAAGACUGAAAUAUCAGGAUCUUUGAUUAUACGUCAAAAGAAUAGACACGUCUUAUCUUUUAAAAUCACUUAAGACAAUAUUAAUGUUUGGUAUAGAUAGGUACCUAGCAUAAGAUUGUUUACGUUAUUAAAUAAUAUAUAUAUAUAAUAAUGUGCUGUGAUUAGASAUAUUUUGUAAAUUAUUUAAAAUUGGAAAUAAGUUUUAAUUUAACUCAUAAUAAUURAAUACAAGAGGUCACCUAUGUAUUAAAUAUUUAAGUUAAAUUAUACYUAACAUUUUAACCUCUCUCUUAAGGAUAUCCAUGUAUAGUUAAUUAUAGAUUUAAAAUUAAGUAAUUAGACCAGAUUGUAUUAACCAUCAAUCCAUCAUUGAAUAUGCGACAUUUACAAUACAUUUUUUUGUAUAUUUUAAAUUAAUUUUAUACAAUAUAAAAAUUAAUGAUACUAUCAAUUGACCUUCACUCUAAUGAAAACACCUAUAUGAAUGUUAAUCUUAAUAUCUGUAUAAUGCGUUCUAUUUUUCCUCUUCCCACCCAAUUAUGUCUUUAAUAUUUGAUAAUCCAUUGGAUACUCAUAGAAUAAUUUGUAAAUGUUAGUCAU